CCGCCCCACACCUUUAUGGACGAGCGCCGGAGCUUGCUCUACUCUCCGGCCGCCUCCUCCGCCGGCCGGCAGCCGCGGGGCGGCUCGAGCAGCAGCCACCACAACCUGGGCUACACCGAGCAGCCGCCCCCCGCCGCCCCCCAGCCGGCGCCCGAGCAGCAGGAGGAAGAGGGCGAAGAAGGGGAGGAAAGCAGCAUGACCGUGGUGGGAGGCGGCGGCGGCGGCGACCCUUUGCUGGAGGAGCCCCAGCAUCCCCCUGCGCUGCUCGGGGGGGACCGCUACGAUCAGCCCCCGGCGCCGGCCGUGCCCGCCGGGCAGCCCGCGGGCGCGGGGGAGCACGAGUGCUGCGAGCGCGUGGUGAUCAACAUCUCGGGGCUGCGCUUCGAGACCCAGCUCAAGACCCUGGCACAGUUCCCCGAGACGCUGCUGGGGGACCCCCGGAAGAGGAUGCGCUACUUCGACCCCCUGCGCAAUGAGUAUUUCUUCGACCGUAACCGUCCCAGCUUCGACGCCAUCCUCUACUACUACCAGUCGGGAGGGCGCAUCCGGCGUCCCGUCAACGUCCCCAUCGACAUCUUCUCCGAGGAGAUCCGCUUCUACCAGCUGGGGGAGGAGGCCAUGGAGAAGUUUCGGGAGGACGAGGGUUUCAUUCGGGAGGAGCAGCGGCCGCUUCCCGAGAAGGAGUUUCAGCGCCAGGUGUGGCUCCUCUUUGAGUACCCCGAGAGCUCUGGGCCGGCCCGAGGCAUUGCCAUUGUCUCUGUCCUGGUCAUCCUUAUCUCUAUCGUCAUCUUCUGUCUGGAGACCCUGCCUGAAUUCAGGGAUGACCAUGACUAUGAGGGAACUGGAGGGCCCUUUGGGACAGGCAGUGGCCCUCUCCCACCUGAUGCCUUCACCAACUCCUCAUCCUCGGCUGUUUCCAUGGUGUCAUCCUUCACCGACCCUUUCUUUGUGGUGGAGACUUUGUGCAUCAUCUGGUUCUCCUUCGAGCUGCUGGUCCGUUUCUUUGCCUGCCCCAGCAAGGCCACCUUCUCCAAGAACAUCAUGAACAUCAUUGACAUUGUGGCCAUCAUCCCCUACUUCAUCACACUGGGCACGGAGCUGGCUGAGCGGCAAGGCAACGGCCAGCAAGCCAUGUCCUUGGCCAUCCUCAGAGUCAUCCGCCUCGUCAGGGUCUUCCGCAUCUUCAAGCUCUCCCGGCACUCCAAGGGGCUGCAGAUCCUGGGGCAGACCCUCAAGGCCAGCAUGCGGGAGCUGGGCUUGCUCAUCUUCUUCCUCUUCAUCGGCGUCAUCCUCUUCUCCAGCGCCGUUUACUUCGCGGAAGCCGAUGAUCCCAGCUCGGGGUUCAGUAGCAUCCCCGAUGCCUUCUGGUGGGCCGUGGUGACCAUGACCACCGUGGGCUAUGGGGACAUGCACCCCAUCACCAUUGGGGGCAAGAUUGUGGGGUCUCUGUGCGCCAUCGCGGGGGUGCUGACCAUCGCUCUGCCCGUGCCCGUCAUCGUCUCCAAUUUCAACUAUUUCUACCACCGGGAGACAGAAGGUGAGGAACAAGCCCAGUACAUGCACGUCGGGAGCUGCCAGCACCUCUCGUCCAGCGAGGAGAUGAAGAAGGCUCGCAGCAAUUCCACCCUCAGCAAGUCCGAGUACAUGGUGAUUGAGGAAGGGGCGAUCAACCACAGUGCAUUCAAACAGGCUGCCUUUAAAGCAGGCAACUGCACAACCACAAACAAUCCCAACUGUGUGAACAUCAAAAAGAUCUUUACGGAUGUUUAAAACAAACCCAAACCAAACGAACAGCAACAAAAUCUGAGGAUGCGGUGAAACAAUACCAAUGACAAUACCAAUAAUAAUGCAAAGUGACUGUGUGUCGGUGUUGUGUGGAACAUGCACCAUCGUCGGUCUGUGUGUGCCCUCGUUUUUAUACCUUUAUUUUUUUAGAUCCUUCCUUUCUAAAGAUCCAAAAGUAAAAGGAUUUAAAAUUCUCCGAGGAAGAGGACAGCCAAAGGGUAAAGAGAAGGAAGAUGAAGACAAACCACACUCACUGUCAGAACAGGUGUUUGUUCUGCAACGUGUUGCAGGGCUGCUUUGCUUUUUGGGCUUUUGGGGAACCUCUUGCUUUGCUCCCGAAUUUCCCCCCUCUUUCCCUAAGGGCAGCUUGUAGCCGAUCUCCCUUCCAUCACGUAAGAUCACUUGUUGGAUUAACAAACCCGGAUUGGGUGGAGGAAGGAGGAAAACAUGAGGCAGAGCGUACUGGGAGGGGGCUGGGAGGAAAUAACCAUUUAAUUCUGCAGAGAGUCUCUGUUACCACAUCGUUAAAUGAUGCUUAAUAUUGAAACAUGUGAUGUGCCAUUACAGGCACAUCCCAGAUUCCCUUUUUCUCCCCAUUAGAUCAUUUAUGAAAUUCUAAUCUGGUCAGAGACCGAGUGCAAUCAAUGCUGAUUUAAAUAGAAAAAAACUCCCUAAGCCCUCAUUUUCUAUUCUGAAUUCCCUUCCCCUAUAACCUGAUGGAAUUAUUUCCUCCAAUGUCAAGUUUGUGGCCGUGCAGCAGGGAUGUGUGCGGGGGGAGGGAGGGGAGAGGCAGACUGGAAUGGUUUCGGGAGCCGCUGGCGCAGGGAGCGAUGUCAGCGUGGAGCAGGAUCCGUGACGGGCUCCUGGCCAUGGCUGGGAGCCUCCAGCCCACCCAGCCAGAGACAAAGGGAUAUUUCCUCCUCUUUUUGCAAAGCCUUUGGAAGACAUGCAGCCGCUUAUCAGCAGAAGAUUAAAGUGGCGAACACGCCUUCCAGCGGAAGUCACUAAUUUCGACCGGAGUGAUGCAGUUGCCAUGGUGACCAUGGUUUCCUGGGAAACCCCCAAAGGUUGUCAUGGCAUCCCUUCUCCCAUCCCCCUUGGUCCUUGCUCUUCCCGCAAAAAAACCUUUCCAGAUGGUUCCAGCUCCUCCAUCCCACAAGACAUCGUGGCUCGGCACCCCCUUCCUGGUCCCUGCCCCGCUGCUCCUCCCAUGUGCCCAACAAAGCGUCCACAGGCAAUAAGCACUCCCGGAUCCACCUGUCCCUCACCUUGGCACUAAAAUCCGGGGAUGGAGGUUCAUCCUGCUCCACCGAGAACGACCCCAAACCCUGGGGGAACUGGUGCCGAUCAGCUGCCAGGAAGCUUGGCCGGGGAGCCUCGGCAGCUUUGUGAAACAAGGGGGACAAUAAAAAACAGGAUUGAAAAAUAACCAAAAAUCCCGCCGGGAAAAAUCACCGGCUUCAUCUUCACGUGUGUGCGCCAGGGGCCAUGGGACAUCUGACAGGAUCAGAUCACAGAAGAAGUUUUGAAACGAAGACCUUCAGGACUGUGUUGAGAAAUAAAACACCUCCAAGGAAAGGACAAACAUCCCAAACAUUCCGGACACGGUGACCGACGCUGCCGUGGACCCGACUGACAGAGGGCCGGUCCUCCCCAGCUAAACCCAGUUCAUAUUCCAUAUAUAUACAUUUCUAUUUAUAUGUGGGAUGUCUCCCACUUCAUCUGUGUUUUCUAACAAGUGCAUUAUGUAGAAGGGAACAUCUUUGGAGCCAGAUUAUCUUCAACUCAUGUGCAAUAUAACGAGACUGAGCAAAGCCAGGAACAAGGAGGAGGAGAGGUGGAAAUCACUUGGAUGUUAUUUCAGUCUUUUUUUAUUAUUAUUUAAAAAAAAAACAACAACCAACUCUUGAAAGAUUAAGCAACCAGAAAGGAAAUGUUAAGCAGAGCUGCUAAAACUCAGCCCAAGUGUUUUGCUCGGGGUGGGAGGGAGUGGGGGGAAAUUCGGUUGCUGUCGCUGUUCCCUGGCGAAGGCCACGGGCUGUUCUCAGCUCUUCGGGAAUCGUUCCUGUUCCAUUUUUCUCACUUUCCUGGAAAUGCCCUUUAUAAGUAGCUCUGUGCUGUACCAAAGGCUGUGAUUUACUUUAAGUCCUUAUUUAAGGAAGGAACAUCUCUGCUGGUGCUGAGGAAAAGGGUGUUGAACAGUUGUGCCUUGCCAUCAGGAUCACUCCACGAAAAACUAAGGACAAAUUGAAAUUCCGAGGUGGAAAAGGUCUAAAAAUCCAAUUCUUGGCUGACCAUGCUCCUGCUUCAUUCCAUGAGAGCCUCUCUGCCCUUGUCUGCACUUCCACAGUACUUCGGAAUUGUGGGAAUAUUAUAGGGUUGCCUUGCUAAUUCCGUAAUAAUCGAGAAUUCCAUCCCUCCUUUGCCUGUUGCUGUUUCAUUUUGCACACUGAGGUUCUUGCUGGCAGGUUUAGAGCUCUGGGUUGCCCGUACUGGGCUGGGAAGCUCUUAAAGCUGAGCUUUCUGUAACCUCACUGCUUUUCCCAGGGCUGCAUGGAUCAAUAUUAUCCUGGUGCCACGGGAUAAACGGUCUGUGAAGGGAUAAAUGCAAAUGGCAAAGGGGUUGAUGGUCUCUCCUGCUUCUGACUCCCCCUUUUCCCCCUCCCCAGCCUCAUCCACCUCCUCACGCUGCCUCCAUCCCCGCUUGGAGAUUGAAACCCUCCCAGCACAGCCUCUGUCGGAGGAGCAGAACGAAACUCAGAACAGCGUUGGAUUUAAGGGUGAAAAUGAUGUUGGAGGGACUCGGAUGAGCACAGGAACCUCUUUGUCUGCAUUGUAAUAAUUCCCUGGGAAUGGUUUGGGAAUGUUAAUUUGGACUGGACAGAACCAAGUGAACCAGAGCUUCCUCUGAAGCUCAGGGGGAGGCAACAGGAACCAAAAUCAUUGUGUGUGAAACAGACCCUUGAGCUGAUGCUGCUGAUUGGUGCCCACGGACAAGCCUUGAGGUCCCCAGCACACACCUGGAAGGUGGAGCAAGGACCACUCUUCCAGAGGGAAGCACCAAAACCUGGAUCCUUCCCCCAGGGGAGAUUUUACCUGCCUUUCACAUGGAACAUCCACAGGAGACACACGUCGGGUGCUUCGAGGCACAGCCCCAGAGAGGAUGAAUUUAAACCAACCCCUCCCUGGAAGGAAGGCUCAGAAAUGGGAAAACUCGGGAAUACUCAAGGCAAAGCAGCCAAUUGCACCAUGUUUCUGUCUUGCAGGAGAGCUUUGAAGGUGAACAAGAACCCUGCACACAAACGUCAGCUGAAAUUUGGAUUGAGAAAUUCCCUUAACGCUGGGAAAGGAUGGGAUUCUUACAAGGAAUGUGUCGACUUUGGUGAGGUCUCAUUUAUUCUGUUUGUUUCUUGAACACGGAUGAUUUCUUGGCUGGAAUUCCUCCUCCUGCCAUGGCAGGUGCACCACUGGUGGUGGAGACUUUGCUCAUGGCAGAAGGGCUUGGGGGGCCCAAACACAGAAGUCUCUGGCGCUCUACACAGGUGCAGGUUGGGCAGAAUGGGCUGAGAUGGUGAGAAAAGAAGGAAAAGUUGUUAAACCCAGCAGUUUUAGCCAAUUUAAUCAGCUGGAGACUGAAGAGCGGAUACGGAUCUGGCUCUCAGUGGGACAUUGCUCCUCUUGCAUUUAUUCCCAGCAUGGUAGAACCCCUGUGGUCACUGGAGCUGUGGGCAAACGGAGGAGAAAGGGCCGGUGCUGCUGGCACCUGGAUCUGUCACGGCUUUAACAGCGCGAGGUGCAGAGGGAGAUGGGGAUCGGGGACCGGGAUUGCUGGAACAGCACAUGGAGCAGGUCCCUGAGCCCACGGAGAUGAGCAGGGGGUGCCAAGGCUCGACAGGGAUGCCGGGGAACCGCGGAGGUGAAACAACCCGCGGUGUGAAAUCGAUGCGGUGCGAAAGCCGCCUGCACAAAUUAGAGCUAAUUAGGCAGCGGCUCUCAUUAACCUGGUUUGGCCGUGCUCUGCCCGGAGGCCAGCCCGUGGUGGGGGCGGGGAGAGGGAGCUUCUCCAUGGGAUCUUCCAGCAAAUUGCUCCGCCGGCAAAUCCCUGCGGCUGUGGCAGCAGCCGGGGCGCUCUGAGCGGGGCUCGUUUGUGCCCCUGGCACAGCCAAACGCCCUCCAGGCGCCCCUCCCCUGUCCCCGCACAGAGCAGCGGUGUCCCCCUGCCUGCCCCACCCCAGCACGGAAAUGAAUUACUGCUCGGACCAUGAACAUCUCGGAGACCUUAAACGACCCUUGUAAGGAGACCGGGAAAAGUGCCCGGUGUUCGGGGCUGAGGCUGAGCCGUUCCCGUCGCUGGGAACUCCCAAGCGCUCGCUCUUCCCCAUUGGAGGAAGCUGCCGGCAGGCUGGGGGAGAUGGAGCAGGGCUUUUUUGGGACAUCUCACCUCCCAAACCCCUAAGGAGCUGCAAAACGCAUUUGUUUGCAGCCUCCCUGCAGCGUGACAGGUUCGCAGUGUGCUCUGGAGCCUGCAGAGGAGACUGAACAAAGCUUUAGCAGCUCUGAAAUCGUGAGAGACUGACCCCAAACCCACUUUUCCGCCGCGCUGAUGGGUUUGGGCUGCAAACAGCCGCAGGCCCCCAUGAGAGGAAGGGGGCCCAGGCUGCCCGCAGAGGUAAGGGCACAUUAACAGGAGGAGAAUUGAUUUUCUGGAUUGCAGCACAGACCUGGAUCUUGGGAAGCCCUGGUCCCAAAGGUGUUAUAUUUAGUUUCUUUUGGAACAUGAUCUAGUAGCCCUUAAAAUGGGGGAUAGAAUGUAUCAGUACUAAAGUGAUUUUUAUUUUUCACCGGUGUUACAGAGAGCUUUUUUAUGGCGUGUGUGUGUGUGUGUGUGUCUGUAACAUAAUGAUACCUCAUCUGUUUCCGGUAGCCACUUGUUACAGCGUCUCUCUGUUAGGGCUCAAAACUGUAUUUUGAUUAUUAAAGUGGUGGGAAAAACCAUAUCCCUUCACCCGGUGGGGUUGGUGGGUCCCAGCCACCCCCCGGCCGUCUCACACCGAUGAUGACAAUCUUGCCAAAUGCCACCUCCCCUCGGUGUUGUACGUUCUGGCGCUCCGUGCUCUUGGGUUCCUCGUGCUUGGUCGCUGAGCCAGCUGGUUGUUAAUGUGCUUUUCCACGAUAAUUGAGAGUUUGAUAGUCUUUACCUGUCAGUCCAGUGUAUUAAUCCGUGUUGCCACCACUCCGAGCCCGGCCUCGUGCGUGUCACAGAUUCCCGUCGUGCCGGCACAGCCGUGUGCAAACGGCAGUGGCAGCGCAGGGCUGCGUUUGGCAAGGGAAGCCAAAUUAAAAAUGUAUCCAGUCGAUUAAAAAAACAAAAAAGAGAGCGAUUUAAUGAUGGCUGACAUCAAGAGAAGAUCCAAAAAAUAGCGUGCUUUGAUUCCCAUAAUCAUCCCGAGGCAGGCUGCUCAUCUUUAUUCAUAGCCCUUCAAAGCCGUGCUCCCAGACGCCGGAGCAGCUCGGAGCUGUCGUGCUCAGACGCGGCUCUUCAGACGCGGAACACGUCGGCAUCUCUGCUCUGUGCCCAGCCCAGCGCCGGGCACCAACCCUUCCCCUUUUAAUUUUAGGGUGCAAUUAAAGUGAUGAGAGCUCUGCUGUUGGCUCCGUGCUGGCGGAGAGGCAGGAAAAGCGGAUCUGGGGAGCUGGGCUGGCGUGGGGUCACGUAAAGCUGCUUCUUUUAAUGACGUGUUUUAAGCUGUUUUAAGAAGGCAGCAAAAUUAGAAAGCAAAAGAUCUCCAAAACUGUUUCAGGGCACUAACGAAGGCUCAGGGGACGUGGCACAGGGACAGGGCUUAACAGCAGGGCUGGAAGGGGCUGUCAGAGGCAGUGAGGGAAUACUGGAAAGCUGCUCUGCCCUGCUGGAUUUGGGGGAAAAGUCAGGAUUUGGUGAGGCCCUGGCACAGGUUGCCCAGAG